AUGAGCUGUUCUAGGGGGAAUACUAACCGGACAAGAGCACAAAAACAUCAAAAUAAAACUGCGUUCAAAAAUGAUUUGCACGAUUCUAGCAAGAAAACAAAAUUUUUAAAUACUUUACAAGUAACUGGCGUAUGUUUACGAUGUAAAGAAAUCAUUGAAUGGAAAAUAAAAUAUAAAAAAUAUAAACCCUUAGCCGCACCAAAAAAAUGUGUAGGAUGUGACCAAAGAACUGUUAAAUUUGCGUAUCAUGUGUUGUGUAAUAAUUGUUCAGCAGAGAAAAAAGUUUGUGCUAAAUGCGUUAAAGCAAUGGAAAGUACAGAAACAACAAUUGAAGUAAAUGUUGAUGAAGAUAAAAUAAAAUCCAUUUUAAAGCCAUUGUCAGAAAGGAAAAGACGUGCAAUAUUAAGGUACAUAAACAAACAAGAAAAAAUAACUGAUGAAACAAUAUCAAAUAUAGAAGAUAUAUUACUGGAAAUGGACAACAUUAAUAUCAAUGAUUGUAAUAACAGUAAUUCUAGUAUUGUGGAUAGUUCUUCUGAUGAUGGGGAUGAUUUUAAAGUGGAGAAAUAA